AUGGCUGUGCCUACUAUCACAGUCUCCCUUCCCAAAGCUACCCCUGGAUCUCCCACGACCCGGGCUGUCACAACCCCCGUCGAAUGGGAUCGAAAGACUAAACCUUCAAGCACUGCCGCUAUCAUCAAGUCCGAGAUCGCGGGCUUGGAUGAGUUUGCAGAAUCUGACGGAAAUGCACCCACGACCAACAAGUUCCAAGAUAUUAUCAACCCUCCGCCAAAUGUACUGAACGUAACGCUGGCGGAAGACCAUGGUGAACAAAGCCCAGCGGAACCCUCGGUCUCGAUGGUUAGAGACCAUCAAGACCAGAACUCCCGGCGCUACAACCAAGGAUAG